AGUAUCUCUAAUUUCUUAAACCCUCUUUCACUGCUGCUAGGAGCUGGAUCACCAUGGCCUCCACUGCACCGCCGUCGCGCCCCGCCUUCCCCGGCGGCGUAGGAAGCACAAAGAAGCCUCUCGGCCUUUUUGCCAACGCAAUGAAGAGAAAGCACAGCUUCAUUCAAUUCUUCGCGAUGACCGGAAUUCUUCUCUUGAGCGUGCGCUCUCUGGGCCAAAAGUACCGAAUCAACGAUCUCCAAGAGGACAUGGAGGCGCUGAAAGAAGAGCAAGAAGGACUUACUAAACGCAUGAAUCACAUCAGGCAAAGCCUUCUAGCUGAAGCUGCCCUCGAGCCUACCGGCCGCUUCGCCUCCCGCCUCCGUCUCCUCUUCGCCCAAGACGAGUAAGAUUAGGGUAGCGAUUUCCCAAAUUUCUAUGUUUAUGGUUUAUCAAUGACCGCGAAUUACAAAAGUUCGAUUUCAAUUUGGAAUUUGGGAUUUCUUACAAAUAUAAUCUCUGCCAAAAAUGUUUUGAAUUAUCUGAUUGUAUUUUUCUAUAGCUAUCUUAUCAAUGCUCUUGAAAUUUAAUCCUUAAGCUCCCUCAAAUGUUUUAAAAAAUGUUAAUUUUAAGAGAAACUUGUUGGUUUUGCCGCAA